GCAGCAGCGACCAUGAACCCAACAGCAGGUCUGAGGCAGCUUGUGCGAUGUGUGGAGCGAUGCGACCGGGUGCCAGUCCGGCUCGUCCACUACACCAGCAGAUCGCAGCUUCCUCGAGAGAAUCCCGUUGAGCGAUACCGCGAGCUGGCCCUGGGCCACCAGUUCUAUUUGGAUAGACAACAGGUCGCCGCAGUUGGGAAGAUCAAGAGUCUCUGGCACCGCCUGGAGGAGUACAACAGCGCAUUGGCGAGUCAAUCUGAUCCGAGUCCACCUAUCGAUCCAUAUUCUGCGUCUCCCUUGACCACAUCAAGCCCACGAUCGACUCGCGCGAGCGCCGCUGAUGCUCCGGGUCGACCAACGUCGAUCCCUCGAGGGCUUUGGAUCCACGGAAGAGUUGGUAGCGGCAAGACCAUGCUCAUGGAUCUUUUGUGCGAAAGCGUCGGCGUCGAGAAGAAGAUUCGACUGCAUUUUGAUCAACUAAUGGCCAAGAUCCACUCACAUAUGCGGGACUGGCAUCGCCUCCCGAUCAGCCAACGAUCUGGACAUGUCUCGCACUAUGUUGCUACCCAGCUACAUCAAGAGGCUUGGUUGCUCUUUGUCGACGAGUUUCAGCUGCCCGAUGUGGCGACCGCCUCGAUUCUGGGACAGUGUCUGCUGCAUUCGUUUGCAAUGGGCAGCGUCCUUGUUACAACCUCGAACCAGACGCCAAGGGAACUGGGAGGAAGGGCAUUCCAUCAAAAGUCGUAUCGCCCUCUGAUCCAUCUGCUGGAGCAGGGCUGUGAAAUCUAUCACCUGGGAGGCGAGCAUGACUACCGUCAGCUGGCAGGCAUCGGGCUCGACUCGUAUUAUGAUCUUUCAAAUCCUUCGAGAUCGCGCGAGUACAACGACUACAUCCAGGAGAUGCGAUCCCGUCACCGGUUCGUCCCGAGGUCGCUGGAAGUCUACGGUCGCAGGACUAUCGUACCCGAGACCUCUGCCCGAAUCGCCAUCUUUGACUUUGACUACCUCUGCGGAGACCGUAUCAAGCCGUUUGGCGUUGCAGACUACUUGGCCAUUGCCCACGAGUUUGACGUUGUUGUGAUCGAGCGAGUUCCAAAGAUGACUGUCAAGCAGAAGGACCAGGUUCGGAGACUGAUCAUGCUCGUCGAUGCACUGUAUGACAACAAGGUCCGGAUUGUCAUGUCCGCCGCCGGUGCCCCGGAGGAGCUGUUUCGGAUCGAAGGCUUCGGCGCAACAGGCCCUCAUGUAGGACCCCAGAUCAGCGACAGCAACUCGGGAAAACUGCGGCCAGCAUCCUCCAUCCCGGAGGCCGAUCUUGGGACCGGUGCCGACGAUACAUCUGCGGGCAAGGCAGAGGGCGUGGACUUUGGACGUACUAUCAGCCGGAUCCAUGAGCUGUCGGGGACGCCCCGACCCAAACAGGAGGCCACUUGAUCAUGCACCAUUUCUCGAUGCAAGUGAUUACAGUCCGCGAUUGCAAAUGAUAUACAGUCUGCGAUUGCAAAUGAUAUACGGGCAUGCCGUGCUCGUUUCAUUUGCGAGCAAUGCCCGCUGGUCAGCAUGGCAACCCACCGGUCCUUUCCACA